AGUUUUUGGUAUUUGCCUGCUCAGACUCUCGAGUUUGUCCAUCGCAUAUCCUCAAUUUCCAGCCAGGUGAAGCCUUUAUAGUCCGAAACAUUGCCAGUAUGGUCCCUCCAUAUGACCAGAAAAAAUAUUCUGGUGUGGGGGCUGCCAUUGAAUAUGCAGUAUUACAUCUGAAGGUGGAGAAUAUUGUGAUCAUUGGGCACAGCUGUUGUGGAGGAAUAAAGGGACUCAUGUCUAUCCCAGACGAUGGGACCACUGCUAGUGAUUUUAUAGAAAAUUGGGUCAAAAUCGGAUUGCCCGCCAAGGCCAAGGUGAAAGCAGAAUGCGGCAAUUUGAAUGUAACAGAACAGUGUACCUACUUGGAGAAGGAGGCUGUAAAUAUAUCACUGGGAAACCUGUUAACUUAUCCAUUUGUGAGAGAGGCUGUGGCGAAAAAAACCCUAUCUUUGAAGGGUGGACACUAUGAUUUUGUCAAAGGAUCUUUUGAGCUUUGGAGUCUUGACUUUGGCCUUUCACCCUCUGUAUCUGUAUGAGCACCUGCAUUUUGCAAGUAGCUGCCUUCUUUCAUCGGAACUUUUCCUCAAAGCGCUUGCUGUACAAGUCAUUAUGGCGACAAUUUGAUGAAAAUAAAUGUUUCUGGCGUGUGAAAUAUAUUUUAUGUUUAUCUUCUUCAUCUUUGAACCAACUUGUUUGACAUUGUAUAUUCUAAUAAGUAAAAUGAUGGAUUUUUAUGUUGAGAGUUCAUGCAUAUAAUAAAUACAUGGUUAAACAAAAGGCCAUUGUAGAGCAACAUCAGAUUAUGAUGUCCCUUUCCCAGUUGACG